CCGCAUACAGACGUCACACCCACUAAAUCGCUUGCCUAACCACCAGCCACCCACCUAAUCCCUGCUCUUUCCCUUCCGCACCAGCCACACAUCUAACGCCACACUUCGCCGCCAAGCCCUAUCUUCUCUUCCGAAGAGAGCUCCGCGCAAGCACCCGGCAACGCACCCACCCCACGACUCUCCACCCACCACCCAUCCAUUGACGACGCAUCACCCCGCUUACGGCACGGAAAUACCUCGAAAACCGCAAAGAUGGUUGCUAUGUACACUAUUAUGGGCCGUCAGGUCGGAUCGCACGUCCUCGCAAUGGCCACCCUCGGUAUAACCUUCACCGGUGCUGCGCUCUCCAUGGGCGGCAAGAAGGUUGAGGACCCUACCACUCCCCCGAUCAACGCGAAGAGCCCUGAUGAGGAGAACUUUGUCAAGGAGUACGUCAAGAAGGCCGCCGACAAGGUCACGGGAAAGCAAUAAACACCACGUCUGCUUCGAUUCGAUCAGAGUUCCGGGGUGGUACGACAGUGACGGUGCUGACUGAGGACACACGAUGCGGAAUUCGAUAUUUCCUCGGAUAAACGCGCGUGUGCCUCGAGGAUACGGGACAGUGUAGAUAUAUGCGCCGAUUGUGCCAACAAACAAGCAAGCAUUGAAACGACUCUAUCCAACCUUCCUCGCAGAUGAUGCA